AUGCGCUCCCAAUCCAUCACUUUGAUAGCUUCCCUCUUCGGUGCAGUAACUGCUGUUCCAUGUUAUGAACUCGGAUGGGGCGGAGAUGGCCUAACUGCUGCACUUGGCCCACUCGCGAACGGAAUUGAUCCAUUCGGCCCUCAGACGGGUGAUCGUCGUUGGGAUGUUGUUGAAGCCAACGAUUGUUGGGUUCGCUGGCAACCGAUUCGACCAGGUCAGACUGCAAAUGAUGCCAGGGUCACUAAGACAGUGUUCGAAGCGACUGAGGGCCAAGUCCGUUCCACGAUGAACGACUACAGCAACGGUGGAGGAAACAAUAUUCAACUCUGGCUCCCUAUGCGAACGAGAAGCCUUCAAUAUUCCCAUAUGCUACCUGCACAUGUGGAAGAUCUCGACACUAUGGACCCCCAGUCAUCCAUAAGCGACUUUUCGCGCGUUACGGUAUCGAUCAUCCUCCCUAGCGCCAAAGACAAGCUUAGGAAGGUGGGGGCUGCUCGUACAGGAGACAAACAAGAAGAUGGAAACGUUGAUAGAGCAGAAGAAGUAGGAAUUGUCGGACUCGCGGGCACGAUAGAUAGAGGUGACUGGGCCUAUACCUCGGGGACUGAGCUUCGCCUGGCCAUGUUUAACAUCCUGUUUGAACAACGAGAUGCUUACCGCUCAAGCAGGCCAUGGAAGAAGCAGGAGUUUGCUUGGACGUUGGUGGAAAAGGCUAAUGGCGACUGUGUUGUCAUCGACUUCCGUAACUUUAGGGAAUUCGUUAUCCGCUUGCCACCUAGUGGAGUUAGGUGA